GCCAUUGGCAAGUCAGCAGGUGGUGUCGGCACCGGAAGUGGCCCCCCCGGCCCUGAUGAACGGAACCAAGGUUCUCAGGGGUCAGGGAGCAAGGGGGAAGCGUACAGAGGCCACGCUGCCACUCGGAAAAUGAGUUAAAGCCCUUGGAACGUCGAACUCCGAAAUUCGAGGUAAAUUUUUUUUAAGCGUUCCGGAAGGGUUCUAGAAGGUAUUCGGGGCCACAGACCCCCCAUGGAAGAUGCUGCAGCUCCCUCUAGAGGCCACGGGGCCCCAGGGGCCCCCGCAGGGGCCCGGGCACCCCGGGAGGUCAGGUCCCGUCCGGGCCUUCCGGUGCCGGAGCGCUCCGGGGCGGCUUCGGGGGACGUCAGCGCGUCUCCCCGUGCGGAUUCCGGCCUGCCCGCCUACCCGGUGGCUCCGGGCCCUGUCCACCUCCGCACGGCGGGCUCCAGGCAACCCGAGCCUGCAGACGGAGGGCACCGAUCCAGCUCGGAGCGGAAAAGGAGCAGCGAGAGCUGGACAAAGCAGAUCGUCUGCAGGUAUUAUAUACAUGGGCAAUGCAAGGAGGGGGACAACUGUCAGUACUCUCACGACCUCUCUAGGAGGCAGAAGGCCAGGGGGGAACAAAGUUCUCCGACUCGGGCCUCUGCAGGCAGAGGACCCAGGAUGGCUGCGCAGAGCGAGCCCCUGGCUCGGGAGACGGUGGAAGCCCCCCCUGCUGCUGCGUCCUCAAGCUCCUUCUCUCUGAUUGGCUCGGCUGCUGCUAGCGGCUUCCUUGAAGCUGAGGCUGACUAUGCCGAAGCUGAGGCUGACUAUGCCGGUCUUGAAGCUGCGGGAGGAGUGGCCGCUGGCGGAGCCUAUGCAGGAGCUGCAUGCGCAGAAGCUGCAUGGGCAGAGCCUGCGGGUGCGGAGGCCGCGGGUGUGGAGGCCGCGGGUGCAGAGGCCGCGGGUGCGGAGGCCGCAGGUGCAGAAGGCUGGGUGGGUGCAGUUGAGUUCAUUCCCGGACAGCCCUACCGAGGUCGUGUGCUGCCUCCGCCACAUGCUCCUAUGGCCCCUCCGCCUCCUCCCGUGUUUUUCCCACGUGCUCCCGUGGUUUUCCCCUAUGUCCCCGUGGUUUAUCCAUUUGCCCCGGUGGUCUUUCCUCAUGGUCCCGUCCUCUUUCCACAUCCUCCCAUGUUCUUUCCCCCUGGCCCUCAGCCUCUUCUGCAGAGGCCGGCGCCUGUGAGAGAGCCGAGGCCUGUGGAUGCAGCGAUGCCACUUUGCCGCUAUGCUGUCAGGGCACAAUGCUUUCGCGGGGAUUCUUGCCCCUACCUGCACGGAGAUAUGUGCGACAUGUGUGGGCUACACACCUUGCACCCUGCGAAUGCUGCUCAGCGGGAAGCGCAUUUCAGGGAGUGCAUCCAAGCGCACGAAAGAGAUAUGGAGCUCUCUUUUGCUGUGCAGCGCAGCAUGGACAAGGUGUGUGGCAUCUGCAUGGAGGUUGUCUAUGAGAAAUCCGACCCCAUCGACCGCCGCUUUGGCAUCCUCUCCAGCUGCAACCACACCUACUGCCUCACUUGUAUCCGCAGGUGGAGAAGUGCUACACAGUUUGAGAACAGGAUCAGUAAGUCCUGCCCACAGUGCAGGGUCCCAUCGAGCUUUGUCGUCCCUAGUAACCUCUGGAUUGAGGAUGAGGAGGAGAAGGAGAGGCUUAUCCAUCUGUAUAAGGAGGGCAUGCGCAACAAACACUGCCGAUAUUUUGCUCGAGGCAGGGGUCACUGCCCUUUUGGAGUAUUCUGUUUUUACAAGCAUGAAUAUCCAGAGGGCUGGGGAGAUUUCUAUCGGAGGCCAGAUGGAGGUGAUGAUGGUGGAUCAUCCAACACAUACUGGCAUCAAGUUUUGGAGCCCGUGCGGGUGCGAGAGGUCUACAUGCCCCUUAAAUGCCGCAAAAAGGAGCAUGUCUUGUUCCGUCUGGCAAGUCAGUUGUUGAAGAAGUUUCUUUCCCUAAGAGAUGAUUUCUCCUUCUCUCAUGAUGAGCUGCUCUUGCUUCAUUAUCAGCUGGAAGAAUAUUUCUAUUUCUACCUUUAAGCCUCUUGCUGUCGUCUGUCGCCUGCUCUCCGGAGGCUCUGUCUUCUGCUGUCACCUGCUUUUCCCCUCUAUUGACUGAAACCUGUUGCUGUUAGAGUCUGUGGAGGCAAACUUGACACAGUGUUAUUUCCUCUCUGUUUUCUUGUGUAUUACACCCCUCUCCCAUCUCUUCCCUACUACAGUUAUGAUGUGCCACUGUGUUAAAAAGUAACAACAACAAAAAGAGUCCUUCAAGUAUUAGUUGGUGUGACUAGUGAGUUGAUAGCUUUGGUCACUGUCUGUUUCUAACAGUAUUUGCUCAGUUGUAGUGUUGUGUUUACAGAAUUUUCUUGUAGUGUUGUGUUUACAGAAUUUUCUUGUAGUGUUGUGUUUACAGAAUUUUCUCACUGUGGACUCCUCAAAAGUAAAUGUGAUUUAGUGAAAGGUAAAGUCCGAAUUAUGAGCUUUCUGCUACAAUAGCCUUAAGUCAUGGCCCCUGGCGGGGCCCUGCAGCUGCUAUCUGCUGGUUUACACUGGUUUACACUUUCUCCCCUCCUCCAAGUGCACUUGUGUAACUUGUGGUUACUUUGUGAUUUGUGUCUUACUUGACCAAAAUGAGGUGAAUCUGUUUACAUGUUUUUAUCCUGUUCAGCUUGAUGUGAAACUAUUUAUACUUGGAGUACGUAUUUAAGACAAACAACAUGCAUCUAUGUAUGAAGCUGUGUACUUGAAAACCAUACAAACAGAUAUAUGCUGUUAUAUAUGUGUUUGUGGAAUAAAAUAAAUAGAUGAGAGCUGAAGGACAAAGGCCAGUAGUAUGGGCUGCUGUGUUGAUUAUGCAGAUGAUUUAUUUGUCCCUGCACAGGGGUCUGUUAUUCACAUCUGAUGGAAAGAACUGUCUAUAGUCUCUAUCAGGCAGAGAGCCUAAAAAGCUUAGAAAACCUGUCAUUAGCAAUUCCCACAGUUGCAUUAAUAGAUUGCCUACUAUAGCCAAUGCAGCAGUAUAUGUUUUUGUGCAUCUUAUUUUUCUUAGUAAUAGCAAAUACUGGACUCAGAUACUUAGUUAUUUCCACUCAAUAUUUAUUUAUAUCAAAAGAUUUCUAGGCUCUGCAGGCAAAAGGCCAUUAACAGAAGUUUUCAACAUAAUAGUAACAAUAUUGAAAAAGGGAAAACAGUACAUAAAUACUGGAACCAGUCAAUAUAGGAAUCAAAAAACAAAAGAGUGAACCAUAGAAAUUUCCCAAAGUGAAAUUUAAUAGCAAUGGAAAUGUAAUACAUAUAUGAACCACAUGUAUUAUAUAAACAUAUAUAAAAUAUGAUAUGCAUAUAAAACAUAAUAUAUAUGCCUAAAUUAGAUGAUAAGUUCAAAAACUAGAACUUAAAGGUUAUCAGACUUGCUUAAAACAAUAUGUGAGGGCUGGGAAUGUGGCUUUACUGGUAGAGAGCUUGCCUAGCAUGCAUGAACCCCGAGGUUCAAUUUCUCAGUACCACAUAAACAGAAAAAGCCAGAAGUGGUGCUGUGGUUCAAGUGGUAGAGUGCUAGCCUUGAGCCAAAAGAAGGUCAGAGACAGUGUCCUGAGUUCAAGCCCAGGACUGGCAAAAAAAAAGUAUAUGAAAUGCACACCUACAGAAUACAGUAUAAAGCAGUGAUGCAUGAUAGCAAUAAUAAUAAGCUAACAGUUUCUAUGGCUGUCUAUUAUAACAAAGUGUAUAUGAAGAAUGCACAUUGCUGAAGAUAAAAGAAUGUUGUAUAAAGUAAAUUUAGCAGGAAUCUGUAACUAUUCCCAUUUUAUAGUCAUAAUAAAAUUGCACUAGUUACACAAAUAAUUGAUAAAUAGAGGAUAUGCAGUGCUUCUGUACUUUGUGUAGAAUGUUAAUACAUCUUUUAGGAGCCAAGGAAAGAAAGAAAGAGAGAGAGAAUAAAGGAAUACCAUUCUAACUGAUUUCCUCA